AUGCCUAUGCUCCAGGAGCCGUCGAAGAAAUACAGGGCGUUCAAGCCGCUGAACCUGCCAGACCGAUCAUGGCCGAGCAAGACGAUUGACAAGCCACCACGGUGGCUGUCGACCGACCUGAGAGACGGGAACCAGAGUCUGGUCGACCCUAUGGACGGCGAGCAAAAAUGGAACUACUUCCAGAUGCUUGUCAAGCUCGGCUACAAGGAAAUCGAGGUUUCCUUUCCCUCCGCUUCCCAGACCGACUUCGACUUCACACAACGCCUGAUUCGCACGCCUGGCAUAGUUCCCGACCAUGUCUGGGUGCAGGUCCUCUCGCCCUGCCGCAAAGAGCUCAUCCGCCGCACCGUCGAUUCCCUCAAGGGCGCGAAGAAGGCUAUUCUCCAUCUGUACCUCGCAACGUCACCGUGCUUCCAGAACAUCGUCUUCAACAUGAACAACGAGGAAAGCAAGGCUUUGGCCGUCGAGUGCACAAAAUAUGCCAGGUCAAUUACGAAGGACGACCCGGAGCAAGCAGGAACCGAGUGGGCAUACGAGUUCUCGCCCGAGACCUUCUCAGAUACUUCACCUGAAUUCGCUGUCGAAGUAUGUGAGGCGGUCAAGGCAGCGUGGGAGCCCAGCGUGGAGAACCCCAUCAUUUUCAAUCUCCCCGCCACCGUAGAGAUGAGCACCCCGAACGUAUACGCAGACCAGAUUGAAUACUUCUGCAAGAAUAUCAGCGAGCGGGAGAAGAUCGCCGUCAGUCUGCACCCACACAACGACCGAGGAUGUGCCGUCGCAGCAGCAGAGCUGGCACAGAUGGCAGGCGCGGACCGGGUCGAAGGCACACUGUUUGGCAACGGCGAGCGGACGGGCAAUGUAGACCUGGUGACACUGGCUCUAAACCUGUACACACAGGGCAUACAUCCGGGCAUCGACUUCUCCGACAUCACGUCUGUCAUCGACAUGGUCGAGUCUUCCAACAAGAUCCCAGUACAUCCCAGACAACCCUACGGCGGUCAGCUGGUCGUGUGCGCCUUCAGCGGCUCUCACCAAGAUGCUAUCAAGAAGGGGUUCCAGAAGCGGAAACAAGAAGGCGCGACAUCGGAAAGCCCCUGGCAGGUUCCCUACCUGCCGCUCGACCCACAAGAUAUUGGUCGAACCUACGAAGCUAUCAUUCGUGUCAACUCUCAGAGUGGCAAGGGCGGUGUCGCCUGGAUCAUCCAGCGCCAGCUGGAGCUUGACCUCCCUCGUGGCCUGCAAAUCGCCUUUUCCAAGAUUGUACAGCGCGAAACCGACAUGCUCGGCCGCGAACUCCUCCCCACCGAGAUCACAAAGCUAUUCGAACAAGCCUAUCACCUGAAACACAACCCGCGCUUUUCGCUCGUCGACUACGACAUCACAGCCGAUCGAUCCAAGUCACCUGCGCCCCCGGAGGCUGGCAAGACCUCAUCGUCACGCAACUUGCGGCGUCUGUUCCGUGGUGUGAUUGAGAUUGACGGCCAAGAGCACCGCAUCCAGGGUACAGGAAAUGGUGCCAUUAGUUCUCUUGCCGAUGCGCUGAGGAAUCUGGGCAUCGACCUGGAUGUUGCCGAGUACAAGGAGCACACUAUUGGUACAAACAAGGAUGCUAAGGCAGCAACGUACAUAGAAUGUACGGCGGCGGGAAGCAAGCAGAGGGUGUGGGGUGUGGGUAUCCACCAUGAUGUUGUCCAGGCUUCUCUGAUUGCGCUGCUCUCUGCGGCUUCCACGUUCCUUUCUUCGAGACCUUCCUCGCCGGUACCUUUCCGCCCUAAGCGCUCAAACACGAACGACCUCCCUAGCCCGGCGUCAAGCCCCGGUAGAAAUAACGACAGCAAUCAGGACAAUGACAAAGAUGUAGAGGCCAGCCCGCUAGUAAGCCGUCUGGAGGCGAGCAUUAACGGAACGCAGUAA